AUGUCUCAGCCAUUUGCACCUGCGGUGCCCAUCCGGCGAUCCGCAACAUUGCCUACAAAGCUGAUGCCAGAGAAGCGGUCGUCAAGUGAAGCAAGUACUGCUCAACAAGCCUGCGAUCCAGUCUUUUUCUUUCACCCGUCUGCCAAAAUUGUCAAAUUCGCUCCCGAUGCCCCUCCAGCUACAUCGCAAUCGACGCCGUCGGCCGACUUCGACUACCCAGUGGACACCAUUGAGACUCUGCCCUGGCAGUCGCCCACAGAGAGGACCGUCGCUGUCGGACGUCUGCGACUGGAGGUGAUAUCGGGCUUGUCUCCCUUCUUGAAGUGUGGAACAGUCGUACAGGCAAUUCUCAAAAAUUCUCAGUGCUGGUGUGUGGACGGCAAAUCGACAUUUGUGUUGCGCAUUCGUUCUUUGACCUACUACCGCAUUGAACUCCCAAACGGCACCCCCGAAGAAGAGGCAUUAAUUGAUCAAUUUAAAUCCGCCUUAGCCAAAGUUCUACGCUAUGAAGUGACUCCUUGCCCGUUCCGACGCGGUUUCAGCGUGCCAUUACCUGCCGAUGCUCACCUUCCGAAGAAAAAGAGAGCCUGGCGUCCGAAGCACCGACGGGAAAGCGCUCCGGCUGCAUCAGAUUCGGAAAACGCACGAUUAAACACAGAGCAUGAGCUGGGGACAGGUCAACAGCCGAUUAGUGCUGAGGUCUCUGACAGCGAGGCCACCGAUGACAGCACUUCAACAACGACGAACAGUGUCCCGCAACCAGCGCAUGUAUUGCCUCACAAUUCUCAAGACGGUGAUCUACGCGACAUAGUUACCGGCCCAAGGAGCUCAGACAAACGAACCGUCACAGAACAGGCGCACUCGGUCCAUGACAUUCUUGCCAGAUUUCAGCCAAUACCCGAAUCGGACAGUGAAGACGACGCGGAAUCAUUCCAAUCCAUCCUCACCCCGAAUAUCGAGACUCUCCCAUCGCCGUCCAAUAUAAUUCCUUCAACAUCACCUCUUGAGGAUCAGUUGCAGGACCUUCCGCUUCCACGUCACCACGCGCAUACACACAAUAGGGACAUCUCAGCAGCAACUAUUACACCCGAGUCCAUUGAGCCUGCCAUUCAGACUACCCCACCAUUUGAGCGGUUCAAUACAGCUCCAGAGGUGCAAGAAGAAAACCCGAGCUCCCAGGAUUCCGCUGUCUCAUCCGAGCCUUCCGAGCCUAGCUUUUCUGAUGCUCCAACUGCCUUAUCGAGUGGAACAGAUUCGGUUUCUGCUAGCGCAGACAAAAUUGAAGAUUCAUCUCUAAAGUUGCGCCAUGCCAGGCCUUCGGGGAAACGAGCACUCUCGCCCUUGCCACCCGCAUCUACUUUGGAAUACGCCGACCCUCAGGCUUCUUCCAAAAAAGACAUGACAACUACGCUUAUUCAUAAGACCUGCUCAUUAGUUCUCAUUCCUCCUCUUCAGCUUCUACUUCUUUUAAUACACAUUGCAUCCCGCAUCGUCGCAGGUCAGACACCGCAGACAGCAAUACUAGAUGCCGCGCACAAAACCGAGAACGAGGAUGACGUCGAUUUUCAAAUGUCCAAGACACCUGGCACCUUUCGUCGUUCGUUAUUGCUCGGAGAUCCUAGCGACAGUCUGUCUGAUAUUGAGUGA